CUACCAGAUUGUACGCAUUCCCUUUUCACAGAAAGAAAGAAAGAAAAACUUCAUGGAAUGAGAUGAAAAAGCAUGAAAUUAUGAGAAGAUGUUAGGUUAUGAGUUUUUGAGUCGAAUACAUUUUAGACAGUGCCCCAAAGAAAACUACAGGUUCACCAGGUGGUUAAUGAGAGAAGGCCUUCUUCGAAAAUGGAUGAAAUGCCCCUCUUGCUCUCAUGUCAUGAAGUUGAAACGGACCUACUACAAAAAGGAAGCAGCAUGGAUUUGUCGAGAUUCCUGUCACAAAGGGAAAACAGUAUCAAGGUCGAUCCGGACUGGCUCCAUCUUUGAGAAAUCGCACCUUCGGCUGCAAACGUGGAUGCAUUACAUCUACAGAUUUGCUCAAGGCCUUCGACUAAGGCAAGUGGACAUGCUGCAAGAGGGAAUUACUCAGAGUUCUGCAACUCUGAGUAAACUUGCAGACAAGCUGCGGAGAGUUUGCAAAUCAGGAAUGAAAAGAAUGAGAAGAAGAGGCAAGCAGACCGUUGGACAAAGGACAGAGAUUGUUAUGAUAGAUGAAAGCAAAUUUGGCCAUAAAAGAAAGUACAACAGAGGACGGGCAAGCAACAGGAGUUCCUGGGUAUUCAGAAUGCUAGGGAUUAAGGAUGACAGAAGGAGACCCAUCCUUAAGAUUGUGCCUCACCGUUCAGCCAGGCAUCUCUUGCCUCUAAUAAAGAAGCAUGUUCGUCGUGGAAGCUCCGUCAUUUCAGAUGGGUGGAGGUCUUACCGCCGUCUUCAGGAUGAAGGUUACAACCACCUGACUGUCAACCAUCAAGAUUUUUUUGUUGACCCUGUUACAGGUGCACAUACACAAAACUUGGAGAGAUUUUGGGGUAUUUGCAAAUCAACUAUUUGGAGACAAAGAGGGAACCGCACACAAAAACUGUUGAGGGAUCACUUAGAUGUAAUUGAGUGGACAUAUUGGCGUGGAAACCAUCACAGUAACGGACCACUUGGAAUGCUUUUGCACGACAUUAGAAAAGAAUAUCCAGUAUAAAACCUGUCUGAAAUGUAGAUAAAGAUAUCAACUUGAUAUUUAUACUACAACCACUAAAAGGUUUGACACACUAAAUGUACUGCUUUCUCUGGGAUAAGGCUAUUUUCGUGGACAUGAAGGCCAAAUGCCAACUUCUCCACUCAUGUUGAACUGUGCAGAUUUUAUAUUUUUUAUAUUUCUUUUUUUUUUUUGUAUUUUCUGUACUUUCUGUUGUGCAGUGUUUUUCAACAUUAGGUUACCUGUGUUAUUAUACAGUAAGAUCCACUUAGAGUUGUCAGUAUUUGAAAUUUCAGGAAGACCCUUUUACCUGUUCAACCAGUAUUUGUAAGCCUCUGGAAAACCUGAACCAGUGGAUUAAUAAAUGAGGAAUUUAUACUUGUGCUGUCUUUGUUAUUUUACCACUGAAUUAGAGGGAACCUAUAGAUAAAGCAGUUUUUUCAAAGGUGUAACCCAUCACUUGUUUAUUGCAGUAAUUAUGUGCUACAAUAUAUUUACUAAUUGUGAAAAGGAGGCAACUUUAGUUUAGGGAACAUUUGUUGGUGAAUAAGUGUUCAACUAUUAGUGAAUUAGUAAUGAUCAAGAUGCCACUU